AUGGCUUCGAUUGAUAGUCUUAUCGACAGUCCAAGAUUUCAUGGAUUCCAAAGAUCUAUUCCGCUGAGAGCUUCUAAAGUUCAUCUAGGUCCAUUCCGUGCGACACAGAUAUGGAAUGAGAUUAUUGAGCACCUGAAGUCCAAGGUUGAGGUGAAGCGCCGCCGCUACAAGAUGCGUAACUAUGAUAACUGUUUCUGUGGAACGGAUGCUGUAGACGUUGUCUUACACUACCUCCUGAGUGACCGCAACACUUUCAGCAGUGACCUCUCCAGGGAAAAGGCCAUCAAGCUUUGCCAGUCUCUGAUGGAUCGCAACGUCUUCAGCCCUGUCAGUUCCCGAUCCAGCGAGAUCAAGAAAACAUUUGAUGAUAGCCAUAGCAAGCUGUACCGCUUUGUAGGCCCAGACCUGGAGCAUGAAGAGGAGAACCGCAUCGUGGAGUCCGAGGAGUCGGAUGAGGACCAGAACUACUCUAUCGUGGUUGACUGCCGCAGCAAGAGCGAUGACAUGAGAAUUGACCCCAGCAUUGAGCCUGACUUAAUUGAGGAUGGUGUCAUCUGUAACCCCAUUGCUGUCAACAAGAAAGGUCAGGUCCUACAGGAAAUUCUUUCCCUCCAGAACUCAUACAGUCGUAGACGUAGUCGCAGCUCCCUCAAGUGUGCCAAUACCUCCAUGUUAAUGCGUAGCAUGAAAGAGAAGCAUGAUGUAUCUCCUGAAGCUCUAGAGGAUUUGUGGAAGGAAGUUGCCCUAUGCCAGUUGUUGACUUUGAUUGACCUUCCAUUCCUGGAUGGCCUCCUGGUAGAAGAGAAGCCAAACAAGAAGUUCCUGAAGCAAAACCUUAUCAUCUCCAAUGUAGUGGCCAAGCACUGGAACAUUCCAUCUGCUGGUCAGGAUCCGUUCAUGUCCUCAGCUCUCAGCUGUAUCGAGUGUCUGCCCAAGGGGAUUAGUGUUCUGGAGAACAGCUUUGUACGUGAUACUAACCCUGCUGCCAAGCUUCAGGCCUUCCACAUCAUCAGUGAACAUUAUACCACCCAAUUGGAAGAGUCUCUUCUCCCUGAGCGCUUCAUUGACCUUCACCUUGCUGUCCUCAACUUCAUCCUCCAGCAGACCGACCAGAAGGCACUUGACGCUCUUCAGCUCGACAUGAUCCUUCUGCCAUGGCAUGUGCGAGAGGAGCUCCAACGUCUGUUGCGAUUCAUGGCUGCUGUCAAGGACGAGUCCAUGCAGAUUGAUGCCAAGGAUGAUAAUGAGGUUCAUCUACUGAAUACUUUCACUGACAGUAUCAUGAAGCACAAAGUUGUGGCCCCCAAGCUUGCACGCAUCCUUGUAGGAUUUAUGGUUGAGAAUGUAGAAGACAUCUUCAGUAUCCCAAAGGAGAUUCGUGACCGUGUUAACUCCCGUAUUGAUGAUAUCCGUACAGGAGAGGUCUCACCUGUCAGAGAAAACACAUAUUGCCAGCAAAUUUCGCCUCAGGAGUAUGAGCAGCAGGCUGCAGAAUGUACCCAGAAUGCCUUGGUGUCUAUGAUGAAUGAUAUUCUUGACAACACAGAGAUGUCUUUGAAGGAGAAGAAACAGAAACUGCGACAGUUCCAGAAGCAUCAUCCUUCCCUCUACGAUGCUCAUUUUAGUGGAAUGCUAUAGAUGAACUGAUAUUGUUACCAGCAAAACAAGAUGGUGCAUUAUCUACUGGGAUGUGUAUCUCAACCAAAAGUGCAAUUAUUGUGUCAAACAUGUGAUAUUUGUCUGAACCUAUUCUUUGAUUCCCAGAGAACAACAAGUAUA